ACGCUUUUAAGGGUGACACGUUUGCGUUUGCCAUUAAUGUAAAUAAUGUGCUUUUCGCUGUUGAGGUUGUUAUUUUUAUACAUUUAGCUCAUCGGAUUUUUUGUGCAUCCUUUGCCCUGAGCAGGGUUCACGUUCAUCAUGAAUGUGAAUCAGGGUACAGUGGGCAGCGAUCCGGUUAUACUGGCCACUGCUGGAUAUGAUCACACCGUCAGAUUCUGGCAGGCCCACAGCGGCAUAUGCACAAGAACUGUCCAACACCAAGACUCUCAAGUUAACUCCCUUGAAGUAACACCUGAUAGGAGUAUGAUUGCUGCUGCUGGGUAUCAGCAUAUACGCAUGUAUGACUUAAACUCGAAUAAUCCAAAUCCAGUGAUCAAUUAUGAUGGGGUCAGCAAAAACAUCACAUCCGUUGGCUUUCACGAGGAUGGUAGAUGGAUGUACACGGGUGGAGAAGACUGCAUGGCUCGAAUCUGGGAUUUAAGGUCGAGGAAUCUACAGUGCCAACGAAUCUUCCAAGUAAAUGCACCUAUUAACUGUGUCUGCCUUCAUCCCAAUCAGGCCGAAUUAAUUGUUGGGGACCAAAGUGGUGUUAUUCACAUCUGGGAUUUGAAGACCGACCACAACGAACAGCUCAUCCCAGAACCAGAUGUGUCCGUGAAUUCUGUUCACAUCGAUCCUGAUGCCAGUUAUAUGGCAGCAGUCAACAGCUCGGGCAACUGUUAUGUGUGGAAUUUGGCUGGUGGAAUGGGAGAUGAGGUGACGCAGCUGAUACCCAAGACCAAGAUCCCUGCCCACAAACGCUACUCCUUACGAUGCAAAUUCAGCCCAGACUCCACAUUGCUAGCCACGUGCUCUGCUGACCAAACCUGUAAAAUCUGGAGAACCUCUAACUUCUCUCUGAUGACAGAGUUGAGCAUUAAGAGUAACAACCCAGGAGAGACGUCCCGCGGUUGGAUGUGGGACUGUGCCUUCUCUGGAGAUUCUCAGUACAUCGUUACUGCUUCCUCCGAUAACCUCGCACGUCUGUGGUGCGUGGAGACGGGAGAGAUUAAGCGCGAAUACAGCGGACAUCAGAAAGCCGUGGUGUGUUUGGCUUUCAAUGACAGUGUACUUGGAUGAGAUGGAGUCUGCUUUGAUAGCUGUGGCUGUCGUAACACAAGGACUUUUCAUUUGACACCUGCAUCUGUUAUUCAGCGGUCAUCUUGGUAUUAAAUUAACAUUUUGUGCAUUCA